UUAAAAAGUUCCACACACAAGAGAUAUUACCAUAGACUUAAAUUGUUUGUCAAAAAGUAACUAAAAUAUUUAUGAAAAAUUAACCUUGUUAAGCCGACUAGUUUUUAAAAGAAAAAUAUUUUUGCAACGUGCUGAUUAAAAACUUAAUUAAUAUGACUUCUUCCGAUUCGAGUAUUAUGAGCGUGAGAGAUAUGAUUGAUGCUGCUUUUGGAGAACCAGAGAUACUGCGAGGCGUAGACGAAACCGAACUAUAUUUGAAAAAAUAAUAAUAUAAUAUAAAUGUAUUAAUCAGAAUUCACAUUAAAAGUGUUAUGAAAAUAGACGGGACAAUCACGCUGACGGAUACAAACGUUGUAAAUCAUAAACUUAUACAAACCAUACUUUAUCUGCUUGCAAAACAACUACGACUCCUGGAGCGACACGUUAAAGUAGAAAUUGGACCAUCAUUAAACAUUACUUCAAACACCAGCUUGUCUAUAACAGAAAUUAAAUUACAUGCAAUGCAAAAAAAGAGAUCAAAACCUGGUAAAGUUAAAGACGAUAAAGGGAAAAUUGAACGAGCAAAAGCAGAUGCGCUGUCUGGAAUCAAGGGAAGAUCAAAAGAAACAAAAGAUGACAAAGCACCAGAAAUAACGACGACAUCUGAAAAGUCUAGUUCUGACAAGUCUUCAAAACAUAUUGCUUCUUCGGAUAAAACAUAUCCUGAAAAUUUAAGCUCUUUGCGACCAUUAAAGGAGACAACUUCAGAAGAUACAUCAAAUUCUGCUAAAAAAAUGUCAACCGAAAAAACAUCUUCAAGCACUAGCGAAAAGAAAACUACCGGACUAAAAAAAACAAGAGCUGAUUCGCGAGAAGUCCCGCAAGAAAGUCCAACUCCAAUGGCUUCCCUUGAGUCAGUAGAAGCACAGUACGAAAAAUUACUAAUCGUUGAAAGAGUUCCAAUGGAAGAAGCCAAAGCACGACAUGGUAGUAUCAUGACGCCAACAUUGUCUGUGGUGACACAAGAACAAUUCGCUGAACUGGAAGCACAAAUAAAAGCACUACAAGAAAAAUUAGCCCCUACGGGAAAGGCAGAUUUUCCUGAAAAUGCACAACUACUACAAGAACUGCGUAAAGGUGCAUCUUUAACAGAUGCGAUGGCUGCUUUGCAGCUAUCUGCUCGACUAGAAGCUGCGGAGAAAACUCUUGAUCAAAUGCUGUCAUUGCUAACGGAAGUUGCCAUUAAAAAACCAAACAUUGAUCAACAUCUUACAAAACAGAUAAAACCAGAUAAAAUGGACACUGGCUUACCAAUUGCGUCAUUCAAAGCACCUUUACAAGAAAUAUCAGUACCUUUAGCCUCUUCGAAAACUACUGAUGCUACUAUGCCAACGUUAGCGGCUGAUGCUAAAGAUCUCAAUGAUUUGACAAUUUUAGACACAUCAAAACAAAACUUUGAUGUAGUAACCCGCGAUGAAUUGAAGACAGCAAUGCAAGAUCUAUAUGACGAAAUAAUAAAAUCGACAAAUAGUAUAACCGCAAAAAGUACUUCGGACGCAAUCAAUGCUUUAAAGAUUGCAAAAAAAAUGGAAGAAAAAUUGGAUAAAUCCGUCGAUUUAAGCAAUCGUAUGGAUGAUCUAGAAACUUUAGUAGCGGAUUAUGCAGAACAAAUAAAUAUUUUGGACACGGGACUCUCUUCUCAGAUGACGAACUAUCAAGAGCAGUUAACACAAAUGCAACACGACUUAGAAAGUGGAUUGGAUAAUAUGGCGGAAACACUCGCUAAUGCCGGUGGAGACACUACUGCUGUUACAGAACUAAACGGUCAUUUUUCUAAUCUUCAAUUUGAUCUAGAGAAUAUGUUUCUCAGCCAAAAGGAGUUGAAUGACAAUCAAAAUAAGCUGUCCGUGGAUCUAGAGGGCUUAUGGCAGCAUAUUGAAGUACUGCGAUCAACAAAAGCUGACCGAGAAGAAGUAGCAGAUGCUCUUCGAGACAAAGCUGGUAUUGCAGCUUUAAACGGAUUAGUUUCUUUACAACAAUUCGAUGCAGUUCAAGGUGAUUUUGAAAAACGUAUCUUGACAGCAUAUGAUAAAUUCAACAACCAAGAAAUGAUAUGGCAAAAAGCUAUUGACGAUCUUUUCAGAGGCCUUAACGAAAAGGCAGACUACGUUCAAGUUACUUCUUUACGUGACGAAAUACAAAAAUAUCUAAACAUGUUCGAUAGUAGAAUUAACGCAAUGUCUGAAAUUCUUGGGGAGCCACGUGCUGCAGCUAUCUUAAGAAAAAUACAUCGUGACUCUGCAUGUUUAUCUUGUGCCACCCCAGCUGUGAUGGAUUUAGAAGAGCCAGGCACAAUACCAGCAUUACCCGCUUUAUCAUCUAGAUCCCCUGGAGUUGGGGCAGAAUCUCUGAAUCCAAAAGAAGAUGGAGACCAUCUUUGUUAUCCUAGACACCCGAUACCCCACCAAAAAGAUUCGAGAUCACACGCGUGCAAUCGAUAUUGUGGAGGUUCGCAUACAAUACUUAACAAUAUGAGUAGAGUUCCAGCGGGUAUGGUCGUCACUCCUAUAAUACGCCACGUUGCAACCGGACUUGGCUCUGAUGGAAAAGUUUAUCGGUUAGAAGACACUAUCAAGCCAUGUAUUCCUUGCAAUACAUUAAAAGCAAAUAGUCCACGGCAAUCAACCGUCGUUCCAGCUGUACCCAGUUCAGCAACAUCAGGUAUGACUCCUCCAGAAUUUACAACUGAACCGUAUACUUCUUGCGUGGAUGCAAUUUCUAUAACUCCACCACCAUACGCCAUUUAUGAAGAAUAGAAUAAAAUACUUCAUCAUUUCUUUGUAUACUUCAUUUCAAUGUCGACAUAAUUAAAUUAUUGGAAAUAAAUUUAUACAUACUUAUGAAAACCUUA